GGAGGACAGUGAGGACAGUCGGUGGUUUCAGCCUUGCUAGUUUGAUUAAAGAAAACCACGAUGAUAAACAUGCACAUCUGUUCUGAGGUGUGCGUGUGGACAGAGGACAGACAGAGAGAGAGAGAGAGAGGGAGGAGGGUGUGGAGGUUGGGAGGCGCGGGUAUGACGUCAGCAGCCUCCGUCCCCCUCACACAUGGGAUCGGUGCUCGCUGUGUGCGCCUCCCGCAGCCCGGUCAGACGCUGUACCACGCUUCCUGCGCACGUCCCGCGCGGCUUCGUCUUCUUCGCCCAGCACACGGCUUGUUUCCAAGGGCUUUGACUCAGCGUCGCUCGUCGUGUUCCCAUGUAGCUCCAGAGCCGAGGGCUGCGCCGCAACAGCUGCUUCACACUUCUCCCUUUUCUGUCUAAUUUUUGUGUCUGGGUUGUUUUGGUAGACUGGAUCCCCGGCUCCAGAUCCAAGGAGGCGCGCUGGAGAAGAUGUCCCGACAUCCCAUUCCGCUGAAUCCAAGUUUUCUCCCUCCAGCGACGCACGGAGUGCUCAAGUCUCUGCUGGAGAACCCGACAAAGCUGCCGCUGCACCAUGAAGCUUUCAGCAAGGAGAAGGAGAAGAACCUGGAGGAUGAGCGCAGUGCCCCCCAGUCCGCCUUCCUGGGCCCCACACUGUGGGACAAGACCUUGCCCUACGACGGGGACACCUUCCAGCUGGAGUACAUGGACCUGGAAGAGUUUCUGUCUGAGAACGGGAUCCCCACCAGCCCUGCGCACCACCACCACCACCACGACCAACACCAGCCACACGCUCCGUCACGUCAGCCGUCAAUCAUGCCCCCAGCACCACCCACACCGGCACCUUCAGUGAUGGACCUCAGCAACCACGCCUCCACCUCUGUACACACUGGUGUCGUCUCCUCGAACUGCCUGCACAGCAGCCCGGCACGAGCAGGUAACAUGGGCCUCCUGAGCUCCAGAAACACUCCCAGCCCCAUCGACCCAGAGUCUAUCCAGGUUCCCGUCGGGUACGAGCCUGACCCGGUUGACCUGGCUCUGUCUAGCGUGCCGGGACAGGAGAUCUUUGACCCUCGCAAACGCAAGUUCUCAGCUGAGGAGCUGAAACCACAGCCAAUGAUCAAGAAAGCUCGCAAGGUCUUCAUCCCAGAUGACCUGAAGCAGGAUGACAAAUACUGGGCCCGGCGCAGGAAGAACAACUUGGCCGCCAAGCGGUCCCGGGACGCAAGGCGCCUCAAAGAGAACCAGAUCGCCAUCCGAGCCGGCUUCCUGGAGAAGGAGAACUCGGCCCUCAGGCAGGAGGUGGCCGACCUGAGGAAAGAGCUUGGACGCACCAAGACCAUCCUGGCCAAGUAUGAGGCACAGCACGGGCCGCUGUGAGGACACACACGUGCACAUGUAAACACAGAGAAUGAUGACCCUGCCUACUCCUGACCCAGCAGUGAGGGUCACACACACACACACACACACACACAGUCCUGAUGGCUCGACUCACAGCAGGUCAGCGGUCGGUUGACGGAGGUGAAACCAUGGAUUAGUCUGUAAGAGGAGUAGAACUAAUCACAAGUACAGUUUCAUUUUAAAGAGCAUGCUGUAGUUUGUAUCAAACAGUGCAUUUGUUGGGAACUAUUUUCAGUGGCGGAUGAAUCCACACUUUGUCUCUAGUGAGUAUUAAUGGCAGUAGGGCAGUGUGUGUGGCACAGAGGGAGGAGAGAGAUCAGCUGUGAUACACACAGGGAAGUGCUAGUGGGUGAUUGUCAGUCUUGGUGUGGAUGUGUUGACAAGAAUAAAAAUAGUUUCACCAGACGGAUCCUUUAAACUACACCAACAUCACCACUUACAGACUUACAGACACCAAACAUUUACAGAAAGCAAAUACAUUUCUGAGGUGUUUUGGCAGCAGAUUAUUUCCUCUUUCUGAGUCAGGGGUGUUACAAGCAAAACCUCUCAUGUAUUUAUACAUUUAUAAUAGCCCUGGCUCCCCAUUUACAGUGGUGCAUUUGUUUCCAUAGCAACAGUCAUGCAGCGGCUGCUUAAAAAUGGGUAGUUUGCACCUGAGCGGCGGCCACCACCUGCUGUGAGUAGAACCUGUGAGUCAGAGUUAUUGCACAAACAUACACACACACACACACCUGCCUGCUGGGAUUUGUCUCUGUCUCUGUGAACUCUCCUCUUGGAUCCUGCCCACUGCCACUGUUAACCCACCUGACAUUUGACCCCUUGCUCCAAGACACCUUGGAACUACUGAUGCCACGCUCUCUGCUGACCAAUCACAGACUUGGCCCUCUCCAGGUGCCCACAAUGCACCUGUUCACCUGUGCAUACCUGCCUUUGUUCUGCUCCCGAUGACUCUGUAUACAUGUACCGCUUCCCACCACUUCCUGCCACGCUCCUGUUCUCCAACCACAAUCCGCUCUCGUUUUAAUGUUUUUUUUCUAUCAGGGCUGGUUUGAGCCUUUUUGGGGCCCUAAGAUAUAUUUUUCUGGUUAUUUCUGGAAAUUGAGCUUAUAAAAAGUCAUCUUGGAUACCAUACGGAAGAUGCACUGAUUUUGAUGCAGUGCUUGAAAAUGCCAAAAACAUUUAUAGAAGUCACAAAAUAUUUUUUAUAAUUCUAAAAUUUGUGAUAAAUGAAAUGUAUUAAUGCACCUGGAGAAUGUAUCUAAUCCCCAGACUGGCUGUAACAAGAUCAGAGUGUAACUGACAACAUGACAGAAACAGUAAAGAGAGGAGCCCAAAGAGAGUUUUCUCUCUGCUGCGUUAAGACGAGUCCAUCGACAAGGAGCUGUCUAAUUUGCAGGUGAAUUCAGGCUGCAGCUUCUUCCCUUUAGUUCAAUGUCUUCAUCAUUUGCAGAUUUAUUGAACCCCCCUCCAUCAGUCUGAUGUUUGUCUCCCUGCGUUUGACAGGAUGUGUCUGUUUGAAUCUUGCCGCCGUUCACGUGUUGAGGUUGUGACUUUGCUGUGACGCUCAGUGUGAAAAGCUGCUGCCUGUUCAGGCGCUGUAGAAAUCCUGACACUUUUGAAGCUGGAACUUACAGGUCACUGUUGUUUUAAACACUUGUUUGAAAACUGGUUUUGACUUUACAGUGGAUAAUCAUAGCCCAGUUCUCAGGGCACUGCAGCAGGGAUGUGGAAAUCCAGGACGAAUCCAGAUGGUUGGUCAGAACUCUGGAGGUUUGAUUAACCGAGGUCCAGGCAAAGUGAGAAAUGGGAAAAAAAUCUGGUUUAAUUUCAGAUAAACUUUGCAAAAAGGCAAUAAUUGCAAGUGCUUAAGGAGUCCCUGGAAUCUCACUAAAUUCUAUUGGUUUUCUUGUGUAAACAAGAUAAUGCCUAAACCAGAUAUUUGCUCAUAUGAGUGAGAUAAUAACUGGUGCACUCAAGUUAAUGUGUGCACAUAAUACCUGCGCAGAGAGGAUAAUAAAUGUUGUAUUGUACAGCAACAAAGCAAUCUGUGUACAGGUUACAGUGUUAUCUUGUUAACAUCUUGUGUGUCUACUCCGAUCAGAGAAAUGUGCGAGGACACUUCAGCUUUACAUUCAGCUUUGGAUGUUGUCAUGAUCCUUCUGGCAACAAUACAGCUUCAUUUCACACUAACUGGUCUUUUUAAUGGACCGUGACGAUGCUGGAGGAGGGCAGGGAUCUGACAGGUCAGCUGGCGUCACAGCUUAUGUCACACACCUAUGUGCAGAGUUGCACAGGCAAAACCGAAGCAGUGACAAACAAAGAGCUGAUUUUUAGGUGGUGGUUUGUUUUUGCCUCGAGUCUUCAAAUUGUCUGCUGGACUUUUCUUCUGAAGCUCAAAGCCACUUGGUGUCAUUUGUCGAGGACAUGUCACCUGGUUAAAAACGAACACAGUUUUCGGACUCAUUAGUUAAAUCCUAUUAGAAGGUUGCCAUAGUGCAGUAAAGGAAAAGACAUUUUUGUACAACCUGGGAUUCGCUCACAGGGGCAGAGGAAGAGGACCCACGUUGUGAAACUGCAGCUGUUUAUUAAGUGCUUUACUCAGAGUGGUCAAGCAGUAAAAAAUCGCUGUCAGCUUUAAUUCGGAAUUUAAAUAGGAUUUAAAGAGGGUUUUCCCUGGCUCAGAUGGUGGUACAAUGUUUCUCAGACUAUGUGGAAAGAGUUUUUAGCUUUGUUGGAACAUGUGUCUUUUUGUGUUAUUCAAACCAAACUCACUCCCUCAAUGCAAUAGAUGGUUCUUUGUGGCUUUGGCAUGAACUUUGUUUUUCUGUUGUGUUUUCUAAAGUGUGGCUCAGCGAUGAGGACACCCCCUGGUGGCCGAGUGAGUCUGGAAUGUGUAUUUGAAACUGUGUUGACUCGGGUGAGUGGCGACGUCUUAUACUGUGGAACCACUUUAGUACUCUUUAUUACAGAUCAAAGAUUACACUAUAUAAAGGAUAUAUUGAUAUACUAAAGGUUUAAUGUUUAUACAGAGCUAUUCUUCUUGUUUUUGUACAGUGUUUUCCUACAUAGAUAUUUCCUGUGUAUUUUGGAAAAGGUUACAUAAAUAUAAGCAGAUUAUUACAUAUAUAAAUAGACACGUAUUCAGAAACAUUACAGUGUGCCCGACCAGUCUGGGCAAUGCAUGGGCAUUAUGGAAAUCCUUCUUUUCAAGUCCCAGCCUCUCCACACUGCAUAGCUGAAAUACCUCAACCCCGGGCUCUCUAGCUCUCCAGCACACCUGUGCAGGUGCCACACCACCUGAUUCAUUCUUGGGCUACUUUUGCACCAGGUCCUUCACUUCUCAACUUUAUUUUUCAGCCAGGACACAGUCACAUCCAUAUAGAUGCUGAAGUAUGUAUCUUUCAAGGCUGUAUUUGACCCAGAGGAAUGUAUUCACCCAACAUGAGGCACUUACCUUUAUUUUUCUUGUUCAGUUGUUUCUUGUUUUGGUGUGUUUUAUUUGUCUGUCCUGCUUCCUGUUGUUCAGCCUCUGCAGCUGUGUUCUGUUUCAUUCAGAGAUAUUUUUCUGUAUUUGUCCUUGAUUAUGUUUCUCAUGAUCCAGAUAAUAAUAAAUAAAAGUUAAAAUUCA